GGGGGCAGAGAGGGACAGCGGCGGGGCGGCCACCGUGCGAACCAGAACACAGAGUUUUAGCCCCGGGGGUGAUGUCCUGGGGGCACCCGCGACCUCUCCCCCUCCUCCCUGGGUGAGCAAGGGGUGAUCCCGGCCCCGGGGGAUGCCACACGGGGCCAGCACAGCCCCGCGCAGCCCGCGGAGAGAAACCCGACACUGCCAGACACUCCCUUGGAAUAGCCAGGGGCCGAGCAGGAACCAGGAAAUACAAGCUCUGCCCGUCCAGAGAACGCUCGGGCUCCAUGGGGGAAGGAGCGACAUGGGCAACCUGUGCAGCUGCGGCCGCCCGUGGAAAUGUCCUUCCCCUUUCAAAAGAAAGAAGGAAAAGCAAGGAACUAAUGUGAGGCAUGAGAGUCGACAGCAGCAGCCUGGCAGGAAGGUCCCCACGUACGAAGAUGUCCCCGAUGUCCCUGUGUACGCCACGGUGAGCAAAGCCCAGGGGGUGCAGCAGGACGAGAGCAUCCACUAUGCAGACAUCCAGGUGUUCUCCAAGGCCCGGGAGCGCUCGGCGGCCGAGGUGAAGAACCUGCAGCUGCAGAACGCCACGGAAUAUGCCACCCUCAACUUCCCCAGGGCCAGGCUCAAGUACGACAGCAAGAACGGCACCCUGGUGUAAGAGACUCGGUGGCUCCUCCUCCAGCAGCAAAAGGAGUUCUCAGACUCAGAGAUGCUGUAGAUCCAGGAGAACCUCGUGGACACACCGUGACUCUCUGGGGAAGUGCCUCCCACCACAGACAUCCUCUCAGCAUGAGUGCUUCCCCCAUCUGAUUCUGCUGACAAAAAACAACACCUCCUCCCCUUGGAAGGCUCGCCUCUGAAGCUGGAAAGCCACCCCCUGGCAGCACUGGGAGGGGGCAGAGCUGCUCCUUGGCUGGUGAAGGCUCAGAGCUGCGGGGAGGAGGUCCCUGCUGUGGCUCAGGACCAGCUGGGGCUGGGAACAUGGCACCCAGGAUUCAGGGCUGGGACGAGGGGAGGGCUCGACACAGGGCUUUGUGUCAACGUUCAGGAUACCCUGAACGUGCAGGACUGACACGGGGAUGAUGCUGUGAAGAAAUGAAACCUUCAACAGCAUCUGCUGCAGUGCCUUCCCCCAACGCCUGCCAGAGCUGCAGCCAUGCACUGUGUGAGUGCCCUUCUCCCAGAAGGCAGUGUUCUGUAGCCAUGCACAGCGCUGGAAAAGCAAGCCAGGAAGGCAGAAUUAACGAGGGGUGCAGGACAAUUCCUUUCCCUGGUGGGCUGUGCGUCUGUAGCCCUCCCUGCACACGAGUGGGAACUGAGCUCCCGGCUCUGACUGGGAGUGACACAAGGAAAAUUGCUGAGGCAGCCCUAGAUUUAGGGCAGCUAUCCAGUCCCCAGAGUCCAGCAGCUGUCUGCAUGCCUGAGAUACUGGGAGGAAUCCUGGGCAGCCUUAGAGAGGACUCUGGACUUUGCCUCCGUUUUUUUCUCGUUUUGUGCUGUCAGCCUUAGUUAUAAAGCCCAGGAACACACCACGAGGUGUUACCUGCUAACCCUCCCAGACACACCUCUGUGCCUGUUCAGGGAUUUAAAAUAGUGUUAAUAAUGCAGCACAGCAGUUUGUCCAGAAGGCUCCUGCCACUGCCCUGGAUUUGGCAGUCACAUUGUUUAGUCCUGUUGGUCUGUGCAGUGAACGAGUGGGAGCUCAGCCGUGUUUUAGUGAGAGCCUGAGCCCUGGAAUCUCCCAUUCCCUGAGGAGCUCCAGGUUGAUUCUGGAAGUGCAGCGCAUCUGGGAGACAAUCCCAUUCUCUCCCCACCACACCAGGAGUGGUGAUUUUUGCCUGCUUUUCCAGGCUCCCGGCAGAGAAACGUGAAAGCCCCGUGUUCUGCAAGGCGGAUCUUUGCUAAAGGGCUCGCUUCGGCACUUUUUGAACGUUAAAAUCCCCCCAACGUUGUUAUCUCGUGUGCUUCCCGCGGGUGUCCCGCGUGGGCGCUGAUGCUGAUGCAGCAUUAAAGACGGAAUGUUUCGUGUUAAGCGAUAAAACCCCCGCGCUCUGGGGGAGGCUCCACCGCACACGGGGGAUGCGGUGCCGGGUUUGGGGUCUCCACUCGUCUCAGUCCGGCUCCCGGCUGGCCCCGUUCUCGAGUCCCCCUUCCCGGCCCCUGUCCCGGCUGCGGGCGGAGCCAGGGACAUCCCAUCCCGCCCCAUCCCGCCCCAUCCCGCCCCUGUCCCCACGGCAACCGGAGACGCGCACCGGGAGCAGGUACGGCCGGGAGGGAGCGGGUCUGGUACCCAGCGCACCUCAGCCCUGCUCAUCGCACCCCAUCCCACCCCCCUGCACCCCGCGGGGUCCCCGCUGCCCCCCGUGCCGCUGGUUCUCCCUGUCUCCUCCCUCCCCAGCAGCCCCUCAGCCCCCCCUGCUCCCGGGGAGCUCCCCCCGCUCCCCUCACCCCAUUUCCCGGCUCCCCCAGCCAGCCCCGCUGCUCCCGGGGCUCCCCCUGCUCCACGCACCCAUCCCACCCCACUCCCACGGGCACCUGGGCCCACACACCCCUGUGAGGGCUGAACGAGCCCCCAAAAAUACCUCUGUCACCCCACUCCCCUCGGGACUUCCGAUGGAAGGCCAAGCAAAUAGAGAUCGCUGGAAAAUAAAUUACUGGAAAGCCUCGGCAGGUGGAAUUUUUUUUUUUCCCCUGAAACUAUUUAUGAAUAUGUGCUGUCUGGGCUAAAUGCCCUGAAUGAAAGGAUGCCCUGAAUAUUUAACAGUAGGGACAGCUUUGACUGGCAGAUUUGACUUCCACUGAACUCGGAUUCCCCCUCCAGAGAUGGCAAGAGAUGAUUAAAGCCUGUGUGCAGUGUGAGACAAUAGAA